UUUUCUGAUUUGCUGGUGAGUUUCUUUUCAUGUCAUGACAAGUUUCUUGGGGACGGGAGAGUUGGCAAUGUUGCUGAAAGGGGACUGAGCCAGGAGGGUCGUCGACUGCCCCUGAGGACCCUCUUUGGGAAAGCCUGAGGUCCAAGGGGGUCACCUCCGCCCCCGCCAGGCCGGGACCCCUGGCCGAUUUGAAAUCCUGCUUUCCUGGCUGGCGACGCGCUUCUCCCGCCCGCCUGGGGCCCAGCCCGGCCCUCCUGGGCUUCUCGGGGGCAGCCGAGGCAGGGGCCCCGCAUCCUGGGGAGGGUCCUGAGAAGGGUCCGGUUAGAACUGGCCCCUGUGCUGGAGGCUCAUGACAGCGGGACCCGAUGCCUCUGAUUGUUCCCAGCAGCGCAGCCAGCUCCAGGCGCGGCGGCCUCCGUGUUUGUUUUGCCUUCUGUGUUCGCCCGGCCCCUGGUAACCAAGGGCCGCUUCCCCCUGGCGACGGCGGCGCCCGCGCAGGCCAGGCCCGAUGCGGCCGGGCAGGGGGGCCCUCGGGCCGGGGGGCCGGGCUGCUCCCGGGGCGCGCGCCGGCCGCUUCUCCCCCGACUCGCUGGACACGCUCGCGGGGUGUCUCCCAGCCCCUGGCCUGAAACCUUCCAGAACCUGGGAGCCUCGGCAAGGCCGUAGGCUCCACAACUUGUGGAGGUCUCCUAGCAGCCUUCCUCGGGAAUUCUGCCUGGACCUGAUUGGAAACCAGGAAGACAGGCCCCGUGGUUGAUGACUUUGCCUCGGGAGCCCGCACGAAGGUGACACCCGCAGCCAAACAUGGGUCAGAAGGUCACGGGGGGGAUAAAGACGGUGGACAUGAGAGACCCCUCGUACCGGCCCUUGAAGCAGGAUCUCCGGGGUCUGGAUUACUGCAAGCCCACCCGCCUGGACCUGCUGCUCGACAUGCCCCCCGUGUCCUACGACGUCCAGCUGCUCCACUCGUGGAACAACAACGACCGCUCGCUCAACGUCUUCGUCAAGGAGGACGACAAGCUCAUCUUCCACCGCCACCCGGUCGCCCAGAGCACGGACGCCAUCCGCGGCAGGGUGGGCUACACGCGGGGGCUGCACGUGUGGCAGAUCACCUGGGCCAUGAGGCAGCGGGGCACCCACGCCGUGGUGGGCGUGGCCACGGCGGACGCCCCCCUGCACUCUGUCGGGUACACCACCCUCGUGGGAAACAACCACGAGUCCUGGGGCUGGGACUUGGGGCGGAACCGGCUGUACCACGACGGCAAAAACCAGCCCAGCAAGACGUACCCCGCCUUCCUGGAGCCGGACGAGACGUUCAUCGUCCCCGACUCCUUCCUCGUGGCCCUGGACAUGGACGAUGGGACUCUGAGCUUCAUCGUGGACGGACAGUACAUGGGAGUGGCGUUCCGGGGACUCAAGGGCAAAAAACUAUAUCCAGUCGUCAGCGCAGUCUGGGGCCACUGUGAGAUCCGCAUGCGCUAUCUGAACGGGCUCGAUCGAAUUGACAUUUCUGUCCAGAGCCCAGUGCAUCAUCCCCUGAGAAUGUUCACCGAGAGGGCCACGCCCUGGCAGAACCAUCUCUCACUUGGUGCAUGCAAUCAGCGAACAUUUUUGGCACGUCCACCUUGGGCCCGGCCUGGCCAGCUCUGCAGUGGAGCGAUGAGAACGAGAGAACAACGACAACCGAGCCGUCGCUGGUCAUGACGCUGACGAGCCCUCACGACGGGCAGUGCCUCCCUAAACUCUGUCCCGGAUCCCCCACCUUGAGGCAGAGGUUCUGUGCUCGUCUCCCUUUGACAAAUGGGGACACUGAGGCUCGGGGCAGCUGGGAGCGUCGUCUGGGUCACACACACGGGAGCGGGCAGUUUGUGCCCAAGACUGUUGGGCUCAGCCUCCCGGCUUCUGCCUUCCACACCCUCCAGGAGAGGGGCACCCAGAGCCUUUCCAGCCCACAGCGGCCCAGCCUGGGGUGGGGUGUCUGAGCCUGGGGGGACUCUGGGUGGGGAGGGCAGGUUGCCAUCACCGGGACAGGAGCACAUAGUCAGGUGGGACGAGGCUGGCGCAAGAAAGGCUGGGCCUGGGGGCUUCCCAGGGAGUGAGGACUUUCCUAGGCAACAGGGAGCCCCCGGGAGAGUUAAUGAAGGUGGUAAUAAGAGCAGAUAAUCUGGGAGUCUCUGGCAUUUUGCCCCAGGAUGCAGGUCUACCUCCCCCUUGUCUGGACCCUUGAGGACAAGGCUUGGGUCACUGUUGGGACAUCUUGAUGUGUAUCCAUGGAGCAAGUGAGCGAAUGAAUGAAUGAAUGAAUGAAUGAAGUGAUAAGUGUCCGACCAGGGUGUGUAUCUCCUUGACCACUCGUCUGGGGCCUGAUCCCCCGGAAGCAUGGAAACUGGAGUGCCCAGCAAUGGCCUGGCCUGGGGACCCUCAUCUCCGCUGGGGGCAGCACCCCAAGGAGGGGCGGCAGGGUCCACUGGGGCCACUUGCCCAGCCCCCGGCCCCCAGGGAGGCAGAGGUUUCCGCAGAUUCCUGGCUGCUCUGGAAGGCCUGUCCCCAGCCAGGUCUCCUUUGUCCUUCCCUGCUGUCCCCCUCCUGGGCAGACGCUGGGCCUCCCUGCGCGUGUCUGCCGAGGAAGGGCCGGGCCGGCUUUCCUGGGGCCCCAGCGCACCCUGUUUUCUCUGAAAACAUCCCCAUGUCCAAAACAAACAGGGACAAUCAACCUGGCCGAGGUCACCUUGGUGUCCCUGGUUCAGCAUUGGUUCCCAGCUUAUUUUUAUGAGCCGCUUAAUCUCCACGCCGUCCUCUGUUCUAAAUAAACGGGGCCGCGCAUUCCAGGAUGGCCUCAAAUGAUAAUACCAGCUGUCUAGACACGGGCCAGCCCACUGAC